AUGACAGACAACAUUUUGAAAUUAUUGGAACAACGUCGACUGACAAAAACUAAUAAAACAGAAUAUAGACACCUGCAAAGAAGAAUAAAAAAGGAGUUCAAAUUAGCCAAAGAAAAAUGGAUAAGAGAAAGGUGCGACGAAAUGGAGGAUGUAAUAUCUAAACACGACUUAUUUAAUGUGCACAAAAAACUAAAAGAAAUGAGUAACAUAUUUAAAAAAAAAGAUUAUAUUGAAGGUCUUCAAAUUCUGCUUGAUCGCAUUCACGAGGUAGGAGAGGAAAUAAGCAUUAAAAUAAACUCAAACAUAACCAAAUUUUUAGUGUUUAGUCGUGACCCACAUCCCGACGCAAAGCUUCAAUUAAAUGGAGUCCAAGUUGAGAAAGUUCACAAAAUGACAUAUUUGGGAACUGUGAUAACGGACCAACUGGAUCCAAACAUAGAAAUAGUCUUUUAUAAAUAGAAAUAUAAACUAGAAAGUCAUUUCUUUGCAAUAA